AUGUUAUUAAAUCUAAUUCAAAUAGUUUUCUUUAACUUAUUUGUUUGGAUUAUAAAACCAUUACUUGGCUUUGGACUAUCCUUUUUGUACUAUUUCACUUAUUCAACAAUCGAAUUCACAGAUUUUAUCCUUUCACUAUUUGUAAGAGAUUGUGAAAUAAGAAAUAAAAAUUUCAUAAAUCAAGUCAGAAUCAAGGUCAAUGAGUUACGACCUUAUCCAGGAGUAUACACAUCAGCAACUGACAUGAUUACAGAGAAAGGAUAUAAUUUGGAAAUUCAUCAAAUCUUAACAGAAGAUGGAUACAUUCUCACAGCCUGGAGAUUGUAUAAAACAAUUAACAAGGAAUAUCAAUGUCCUAUUGUACUCCAACAUGGCUUGCUUGAUAGUUCAUGGUCUUGGUUUAUUAACAACACUAAUGAACAAACUCUACCUUAUAUCUUAGCAGAUAAAGGUUAUGAUGUUUGGCUGACCAAUAAUAGAGGAAAUAAAUAUUCUAUGGGACACAGCAAGAUUCCAGGAGUUCAAUACAAUAAAUAAUAUUGGAAUUUCAGUUUUGAUGAUAUAUAGAAAUACGAUUUCAAAGCAAUCGUAAACCAUGUAAAGAGAGCUUCUUAAAAGGAGAAGGUAAUUUACAUAGGUCAUUCCUAAGGUUCAACUUAAGCAUUUGCAUACUUGUCAAAUAAUAUUGAUUUCUAAGAAAAUCUGAAAUGCUUUAUUGCCUUGGGACCUGUUAUUUAUAUUAAGAAUUCAAAAUCAGUAUUUCUUUAAUUUGCUGUAAAGACAUGGAUAUUUGAAUUUACCAGAUUAAUUGGCAUACCUUACUUUUUUGUUUUUGAUGAUUGCUUCAAUUUAAAAAUUGGAGCACUUUGUGAUAUGAUUCCUUGGAUCUAUAGAAAAUUCUUGUUCUCUAUUACCAAUCUGAUUUGUGGAUAUCCAUUAUAAAACAAAAUAGACCUUAAGAAGUUUGGAUUUAUGGUGUCACAUGAACCUGGGGGUACAUCUACAAAAACAUUAGUUUAAUGGAUGUAAUUCUAUAGAAAUGGAACCUUUUCAUAUUUUGAUUAUGGUAGAUCCAGAAAUAUCACUGAAUAUGGUUAAUCUGUUCCUCCAAAAUAUAAUGUUGAAAAUCUUUGUUAAUUAAAAAUACCAAAAUAUUUUUAUAUUGGAUCCAAAGAUGUUAUUGCUGAUGAAAAAGAUCUUCAAAAAACCAUCCCAUUAUUUGACCCAUCCACUCUUUAGAUAAAAAUAAUAAAUGAUUAUGCUCAUUUAGAUUAUGUUUGGGCAAUUGAUGCUCACAAGAGGCUUUACCCCAAUAUUUUAGAAAAUAUUGAAUAAAAUUAAACAUUAUGAUAAAAUCAUUAUAAAUCCCUAAA